AUGGCAAUCCUCAGCACCCUCCGACGCAAAACCCGUCUUUCCUCCCUAACACUCCUCGUGAAGCUUCUUCGGGCUAUCAUUGUUUCAGUCGUCCGUUUCACCAUAAAGACAAAGCCGGACCCAGAUCUCAUCGAGUACAUUCCAUCAAUCACCAUCUCUCCCUCGAAAAAGUCUGAAACCACAAUUACAGCUCCAUCACCAACCCACAACAUAAAGGUACACAUCUACAACCCACCUCCAGCCCAAUCACAACCGCAACCAACAACUGACAAAUCCAACCCAAGCCCCGUCUUAAUAACGGCCUGCGGGUCCGGCUUCAUAAUCCCAGGCCUAGGCCUCGACACAUCAUACUGCCGACUCAUCUCAAGCAAAACCUUCCACACAGUGAUAGACGUUGGGUACCGCCUCGCACCUGAGCACCCCUUCCCCUGCGCAAUAGAGGACCUCGUCUCCGUGGUGCACUGGGUCCGUUCUCAGCCUAGCCGAUUUGACCUCAACAGGAUCUCAAUUGGAGGGUUUAGUGCAGGAGGAAAUCUUGCGGCGUCUGUUGCGGUGAAUUCUUUCCCACCCGGCACUUUUUGGGGUCUUGUGUUAUUUUAUCCCGUUCUUGAUGCAUGUACACCUCCUGAGAUGAAAGUGGCUCCUUCGGAAUACGGAUCCGAGGCGGGAGAGGAUGGAAAUAGGGGUUCGGGAAAUGGUAAAAAAAAGCCGCCGUUGGGCGGAAUGGGCUCUGUCCCAACAUUCAUGAUGAAUAUCAUGGAGAAGUGUUAUCUGGUGAACGUAUUUGCGGGCGCAGAACCAAAAGAGGGCUCAAAGUCGGAGCUGGAGUUGGAGUCGGAUCCCAACGCCACCGGGAGGAAUGGUGAGGACGUCUUAAAGAAUCCUAGGAUCUCGCCAGCUUACGCAGAUGCCAACCGCUUUCCGAUGCGGUGUCUCUUUGUGACAGCCGAGUAUGACUGUUUGGCUAAAGAGGCUGAGGAGCUCGCCGAGAGGAUCAGGGUUGAUGGCGUGGGCGAGGAAAGACGCAAGGUUAUUGUUCAUCAAGUGCAGGGCUGUGGGCAUCAGUUUGACAAGAAUUGCAGACCGGGUAGUGAGAGAGCGGAAAUCAGAGAUGAGGUGUAUGGGAUGGUUGUGGAUCUUCUGAGGAAGGUUUGA